GCCGAUUUCACAUUCGGACUGUUUCGAUUAUCACCAUAUUCUGGAUAUUUUGUUUUGAAAAACAUUGAAACAAUCCACAAAUAAAAUGAUAUGAGUGACGAUGAUGCAUGUUCCAGUGUUGGUGCUUUUUCUGGUGUCAGGUGUUUUCUGUGAAACUUUACAUUACAUUCUGGCCAAUGACAGGACAUGCAAUUCGAAUAACAUAGUCACAUACUGGAUGGACGAUGAUGAUAUCGUCGUCGUUAGUGGAAAAACCAGUGAUGAGCAAUCUUACAAAGAAUGCAACAUCAAGCUGGGCCCGGCUACAAACUCGCAAAAAAAAAUGGUACGAAUGAAGAUUCAAACCUACUACAACCAGGACUGUGGAGUGUUCCUUUCAGCUCAGCAGUCCCCCGCUGCAUUUUUUGAUCAUGAAGUCAAAUUAAUGUUCAAUUAUUCCUGCAGCUUGAGACCUGGAAAUGACCUUACAUUCUACUCUGAUGCAGGAAAUAAUAUUAAGAUAAAGCUACAGAAGACGGACAACAGUGUCCUGAACUUCAACUUCAGGCUCAAUAUCUCCCUAUCAGAGCACCAAGUAGUUCAAGUCACAAAUAUCAAGGUGAUUAUCGGGGUCGCAGUCGCUUUAUUCGUCGUCUCUUUGCUUGCCGGUGGGAUGAUAUGGUACCUGUGUCAUAGGAACAGAAGAUGGUCACGAAUAUUGAAGCAGUCGGUGCCAAGUUCGGGAAGAGAGUCUCCGAUUUCGGCGCGAUAUUCCGACUUCCCGCUACAUGAAGUGCACCCAUCUAGCUCUUUGCACAGUCAGACUUGUAUUGUUGGGAGUGUCACAGCUGAUGGCACAUGCACUGUUUGUAAUCGACAACAUGACGAUUUUGCUCAUGUGAUUGAUAUUGGACCAGACGGUCAUGUGCGCGGAACCCAUAGUCGGGCCAGCAAUAGACAGGCUGAUACGGACACCUUAGCAGAUAAUCAAACAUCAACACCAAACUUACAAGGGUCCAGGGGGCAACACUUCACCCAUGGAUCUCACCCCUCGAAUAACCAUCGACGUGAAGCGAGACUUGUCCGACAUCCUGGUGACGAGUAUAGUGACACUCAUGUUGCCAUAGCAACAACAAACGGUUCUAGAGGUAGUGGAGAUAUCCAUGAUGUUGGUGUAGAUGAUGAUGAGAUGGAUAUCAGUGGCAAUGACUUAAUCCCACCUUCAUACGACUUGUCUCCUCCGUCGUAUGACGAGGCUGUGAACAUGCCAAUGCCAGAUCAUGAUUGCUCACAAGGUGCUGGUCAGGCUCAUGGGGAUACAGAGAUAGACCCCCUGUACCAAAACAUUGAUCAUUCACCCAGAGAUUCAAGUAACAGAUAAAGUGGUUGAUUGUGAAAUUUAUUGAAUUCCAUUCUUAAACCUUGUCUUUUCCAUGAUUUUUUUUUGUCAAAGUAUUGUCAUAUCUUUGAUGUUGUUGUUGGUGCCAUAGUCAUCCACAUCAUAACAUUUAACAUAGUUCAUAAUUCUUUUGUUACCCAUGACUAUAUGCAGACGUGUUGCAAGGCCCAUAACUUGCUUUUGUCAUUUUUGAAUUGUGUCCCUUUAUUGACUGAGGAAAAACAACAGCGUUGGCAUCCUUGUGGUGCUCUUGUUAAAAAAGUGUUCUAAGUCAUGUAGUUUAGAGGUUUUUGUCUAUCUGCAAAGUGCAUUUUGUUACAUAAUUAAUUGUAGUAUUUCAGAAUUUGUGGGGAAAAAAAUCAUAACAUGAAGAACAUACCGAGGGCUUGGCGCAGGACUGUUGUAAGGUCUUCUCAUUUUAUAUUGAGUUACAACAGUUUCACACUAAGCCUGCGCUUUGUUAUUAGUCUCGUUGCCAUAAAGAUUGAAACCAGUAUAAGUAAGGUCAGUCAUUGUUUGAAUUAUACGCAAGGUUUUAAAGCUCAGGAUUAUUCCUCAAACAAGGAUUGAAAGAUUUUAAUGUCAGACUAUUGAACAGUUGUAAAGAUUGAUUUUUGCUUGAAUAUUUGCUUCAAAAACAGAAAGAAGUACCGUGAAAUGAAUAUAAAAGACUUUGGAAAUAAUUUUAAAAGUGGUCAAUGCCUGUUUGCACUGCUUUGGAGUGAUUCCCUGAUAUUCAAACAGACUCUAGCAGAUUGACAAUUAUUAGCUGUUAGAGCCCCUGUUAUGUACAUGUCUGGCCCAGGUUGAUUGAGGUUUCCAACUUUGAGAAGCCCUGUAUGUACCUGUACAUAAAUGCUGUCAUGCAUAUUCCAAAGUAUGUUUAAUAAUCUCGGACUAUAUUUUGUAUACUAGUUUUAAUUAAGUUAGCUUUAUGAGUUUAAAUGUUCCAGUUAGUAUUUAUGUACGGUGUGUAUAUUAAGUAUUCAACUUUUGCCAGUUUUUUGUUUUAAUUUAAAAACGUGUGUUUUUUAUUUAUUUGAUUUAGUUAGGUCGAUAAAAUGUUAUUUUGAUAGUUAGUUACAUGUAGUCAGUCUGUUGGAUUUUUUGGGACAUUUUUGUUAUACGAUUGGAUGAAAUGUUUUAUAUGGAUUAUUUAUGCAGAAAGGUUUACUAACUUAAAUUGUUCCUAUUCAUGUCACAGGUGUCAAAAAUGUAACUUUUUUUUCUUAUUUGAGUUAAAAUCGAGGAUAUAACAAGAGAUUCAAUACAAAGUUUUCUAAGAUCGAUUAAAACAAGGUUUUACAGGUUGUUAUCAGUUUAAGAAAUAAAGCAAGGUUAAUAAGUGCAAAUGUGAUAUAUUAAUUAAAUGUAUAUGUAUUAUAAAUAUUGUAAAUAUUGAUUUGAUGAUUUACAGCACUAAACAUGGAAAACAUGGCUAAAGAAAGCAUUAUUUUGAAAUGCUAUUCAUUUAUGGCAUUACAUCAAGGUCAUUACACCAGUUAACAUUAAUUUAUGAUAAUGAUAGUGCUUGAGACAUCAUAAAUGAUAUACAUUUGUUAAUGCUUUUUGCAACUAUAUUUUGUUACGGUAAGAUUAGAGUAUCUUGUUUUUGGUACAUACUGCAUAUUGUAGCUGUCAAAUUAAAAUCCAAACUCAAAAUUUUUCGAGUUCCCCAGUACAGUUAUUUAAAAUUGAUAUGCAGUAAGAAAUGUUUAUAUAAAUCAUUCGCAGAUCCAUUUUGAAAAGAUCUGCUUUGAAUAUGGCUGUUUUAGUUCAGAUUGAUAUUUUUUAAAGGUUUUUAAAGCAAACAAAAUAAUUAUGCCAAAAUCUAAAAAUAAUUAUGCCAAAAUUUAAUACUUUCUAUUUUCUUUGAUUCUUAAAUAUACAUGUACAUCUCUCCCAUUUUCAAAACCUCAUUAGCACUGGAUGGUAUUUGUUUUCAAUGUAAUUAACUUUUAGUUUAGUUUUCUUUUUCAUUUAAAUUAAGUAUUUAAAUACCCCGUAUUAACCACUAAAACCUUGUUUUUACAGAAUGCAGUGAUAUAUGUCUACAUUAUUAUAUAUCAAGAAUCAUAACAGAAGUCUAACUUCAAAAUUAAAACAUUUAUUCUAACAUCAUUCUUGGCCAUUUUGGCCUUCAUUCUUGGCCAUUUUGGUCUUCAUUCUCGGCCAUCAUGUCCUUCAUCAGGUUGUAUGCAAUGCAGGAUAUGGAAUGAAAUAAGUGAAAUAAACAAAACAUCACAUUC